GCUUCUCUAAAAAUGGCUGCUGUAAAAUCAAAACUGAAACUACUAAUAAAUCAGCUGAUCUUUGUUAUUUAUUUAAAAUGGUGAAUGUUUUCUGCAGAGUUAACGCAACAAUAGCCCAAGAAUUCUUCGACUCUUUUCCUGCAGUUGUCCAUGUAGAUGCAGUGCUGACAAAAAUUUGUGACACAGAAAAUGUCAGCAUUUCCAAGUCUGAUGACAGUGUUGUCUUGCAAGGAACAUUGCACUCAUUGAUCAACGUUCAGAAUGCUUUAAUGAAUACUCAAGCAGUGUUUGGAUCAAUGGACAGCUCGUACACUCCAAUGGAGAACCAGACCCCAAUUGCCAACCAGUCAAUAUCAUUCUCGGCGCUGGUUGAGGCUGCUGAAGCUCUCAGUCGUGGUGUUGGGGUUACGCAGAAUGAACCGGAUACAUUAAUCUUGAAAAGAGAGCAUGAUUAUGUCUCACAGUUUCCUGGAAACAACAUAUCCACUUUUGCUGAUCAUGGGAAUACGAGUGAGCCUGCUCAUGAAGACUUUGAGGACAGUGCAGAUUUCAUUGACCCGAGUCAGCCACAAAUGUUGGAGGAAGAUACCGAUGAAGAAAGAUACCUUAGCGAAUUUAACGAUUACGAGGAUGAUGACUCUGAUAAUAAAGAUGCACAUAGCGAUUGUAAAGUUAAAGUAGAGUUAAAUGAUUUCUCAGAAAUGACCAAUGAUGGUGAUGUUAAAGUAACUGAUGUUGGUGGUAAUGAAAAUGUUCUGAACAAUUGGAAAGUUGGAAUAUCAGGGAAAGUACCAAGUGAAAAAAUGGAGAGCUUUUUACAUGAUUUUAUGGUGCAGAAACUGGUUGAAGAAGAACUUAAGAAAGCAAAAAGUAUUGUAAGGAAGAAAAAUGAAAUUAUCAAAAUGGGGACAUCAAGUAUUAAACAGCUUCUUAAAAAACAAAUUUAUGAAAACGCUACACACUCUACCGUAAAAUCAUGUGAUUCAAAUGCUACUGAGCCAUCUGAGGACUCAAUGGAGGGCAGUAAAGAUUCUCUUGUAAAAUGUAGAGUUUGUGAAAAAGUGUUUUUGAAUAUCAAAUACCUGACUCGCCAUUAUGUGACACAUGAGGACAACCCUAGUACUUGUGAAAUAUGCGGAAAACUAUACAAAUGCCAGAAGAGUUUUGCUGCCCACAUGAAAACUCAUAGAACAGACUAUAAAAAGAAAGAAUAUAAAUGUGAAGAAAAUAACUGCAAUAAGAUGUUUGCAUCAAAAUUUAAUUUGGAGCUUCAUAAUAAAAAUGAACAUCUUGGUAUCAAAAUGAGCUUUCUUUGCCAGGAAUGUGGCAAGAGUUUCACAAAAAAGCAUACCAUGCUGCAGCAUAUGAAUGUUCACAAAGGUUUGAGGCCAUUUGUAUGCCAGGUAUGUGGAAAGUCUUAUGCAUACGAGUCUGCAUUGAGAGACCACAAAACCGUGCACUCACAGGAGAAGAAAUUUGUUUGUUCCCACCCAUCCUGUGGAAAGGCUUUUAACCAAAGGUCUACAUUGAAUGCCCACCGUGCCAUUCACAAGGAGACAAAAGAUUUCAAAUGUGAAACUUGUGGUCGAGGAUUUACACAGAAACAAGCAUUACAAAGGCAUGAAAGAGCACAUGAUGGCUUUAGACCGUUUCAAUGUAAACUUUGUAGAAGAAACUUUGGUGACCCUUCAGUUGUUAGAAGACAUCUCCAGUCAGUCCAUAAGAUUAACAAAGAUGUGAGCACUUGGCGAGAAGACAUCGUUCAGAGAAAUCAUGAUGAUGAGGAGAAAGAGAAAGACAACAUUGACAAGACAACAAAAUCAAGCUCAAUCCAAGAGCAAGUUUUAAACAAUAUUGUUCACCAGCAAUUGGCUGAACACACUUAUGUUUCAAACGUCAAUGAAACUCAAAAACAUAAUGUGCUACCUCCGUUUAACCCUUAUCUCAAUCUGGAUGGAACACAAAAUGAGUAUGCUCCUUUACCUUAUUAUCAGGACCAUCAAAUGAAAUCGAAUACUAGUAAAUCACAUGCUGUUGCAUUUCUUGUUCAAGAUCGCACUACAAGCAAUACAGCCUCAAACACAAUCAUGCUGGAAGUACCAAAGAGUGACGGAAACUAUCAAACAGAAUUAAUGCCAGUUCAGUUGAUUCAUUUACAACAAACCAAUCACCAACAGAGUAUAGUAGUUCCGGAUAGUGAACACUUGCAGUUGUUUACAGAAAACUUAGACGGAACAUUCUCAACAGUAAAUGAACAGACCUCUUCAAGUAAGAGGAAGAGCGCAGAAAGUGUUUUAAAUAUCCCCAAGCAUAGCGUUCCUGUGCCUGUUGUGGUGACUUCUGCAGUGACACAAACAGUUGAACAGUUGAAGCCAGAUGGAACAAUGGCUGAAAGUGAUGCCAUAAAGGUUUUAAACCUGGGAAAGGAGAGUGACACACCAUCUUAUACAACUCUGUUUUCUUUACACUCCAGUUUUGCUCAUCCCAUCUCAUCCGUUGUUGCGAAUGAUAUUCAGAACUUGAAAUUGUUUAAUACUGACAGACCUUAGUGUCUCUUUCAUGAAGUUGCCAUGAUGUGUAUUAUAUUCUUUAAUAUUUAUUUUUAAUAUUUAUUUUAGAAUAGCAUAAGUUUACAUGUUUAGUUGUGCAAUUAUUAUAAUGACUGUCUAUGAAGUUGAACUGCUGUCUUUGUCAAAAAGCAAUAAAUCUUAUAAAAAGAUUACUAAAUGUUGUAAAAUACCCCAAACAGGGAUUUGAUAGGGAAAAGGUAUUGAAAUAUUUUGAAAUCCCACCUUAAAUUAAAAUGACAAUAUUGUUGAAGGGUUAUUUUUUGUUCAUUUUUGGACUGUCUUUGAAGCCACAUUUUAGAAGCAGCGAUUCAACAUAUUGUAUUAUGAAGUUUUAUUUCAUUCCCUCCUAUAGUUUUCAACUAAUGCUGCAGACAAUGCAAAGCAAAGCAACAAAGGUCAAUAACUCUGCAGUUAAACAUUAUGAUAAACAUGUAUAGCUGGCAGAACAACUAGCUAAGCAAUAUAUUCCCAGCUUCCUGGAAAGGGGCGUAAACAGAAGAUUGAACCUUUCUUUCAGCGCUUGAGAUGCUACUUGUAGGCGUCAUUGACAUACUUGUGUUGACUGGACUGUGUUGGAAAUUAAAUCCGUGACCUUUUUGAAGGCUUUCCAGUGCUUUUGCUCAGAAAAAGGGGAUUUGCAUUAAACUAGGGGCCUUUACUUUGAUUGUAAUUAAUCUCUGCAGUAUGGGCAAUUUUCAUGUUCUACUUUUUAAAGCACUUUUUUUAAUCUAAGUAGAUGGGGUGGAUGGGAUAUACACCCUCAGUAUAAUAAUUUAGUACCAUGUUAGAGCGAAGCUACCAACAGUGAAACAAUUAUAUCUCACAGAGUAUAUUUUAUAGGAUUUUUUUACUAUUAAAUUAAAAGGGUAUACAAUUACCAGGAAAUAAAUGGAUUAUACAC